AGAACAGGAGAGAGUCAGAGAGAGAGAGAGAGAGAGAGAGAGAGAGAGAGAGAGAGAGAGAGAGAGCUGGCACAAGAAUAGGAAAAGGGAGGGAAAGAGUUCAAUGCGUGUGUCUCCUGGGGAGAAGCACAUAGUCAAUAACCAGGUCUCCGGUAAACAUCUAUGAACCUUCUCUAUAAAGCUGCUGUGCUACUGCGUGGACCCACGGAUCAAAGCAGACAUAUCAGCUUCAAUUCCAGUUUAAUUAUCAGUCUAGCAGAGGGGAUAUCAUUGAGCUCCAGCACAGAACAGUAGCUAGUUGCAGUUGCAGCAGCUUGCCAGGAGUUAAGUCUUUAGAUGCUGAAAAGAGCCGAGACAAAGUGAGCAGAGAUCAACCAACUAAACAGAAAAUGACAGCUGCAGCAGCUCAGGAACUUGACGAGCGAUGUUUCCUGUCGGCGCAGUCCAUGCCCAGUCUGAAGGUAUCCGAACACUUCCAGGUGGUAAAGCUCCUGGGAGAGGGAUCCUACGGAAAGGUCAUGUUAGCUGUGCACAGAAAGAGAGGAACCCCAAUGGCUCUGAAGUUCUUCCCUCGUCAGUCUACCUCGCUCACCUCUUUCCUGCGUGAAUACAAUCUCUCCCUUUCUUACUGCACCCAUCCUUCUCUGACACGGGCAAUUGGCAUCUUCUUUUCCACACCGUCCUACUAUGUCUUUGCCCAGCAAGCUGGUCUAUAUGGUGAUCUCUACAAUGUCAUAGUGUCAGAGGUUGGGGUGGAUGAAGAGUGUGUCCAGAGAUUGAUGUCCCAGCUGAGCGGGGCCGUUACACAUCUCCACUCCCUGGGCUUUGUCCACCGCGACAUCAAACCUGAGAAUAUCUUCCUGUGUGACAGUUCCUGUCGCUGGGUCAAACUUGGGGACUUUGGCCUUGCCCGGGCCAUCGGCUCCACUGUUCGCGCUGUCUGGUACGAGUCUCCCUUCUGCACUCCUGAGGUGGAACCUGCCAAGGAGGCUCAGAAAGAGUGGGAUGGGACCGAGGAGGAGAUGGAGGACAUUUGGAUAACAGUGGAGCCCUGUAUUGACAGUUGGGCCCUCGGUAUACUCGUCUAUUGCCUCUUGACUAGCUGCUUCCCCUGGGAGGAGAGCACCCAUGAUGACCGCGGCUACCGUAGAUUCAAGGAGUGGUUUGAUCGUGAGGCUGAAAAGGAGGAGAAGAUGAGGGAUGGUGAGUGGAGAGGUGAAGAGGAAAUAGACAGUUACACAAUCAUGAAGGAGAGCCAGAGGGACAACCCUGCUCCCUCACAAUUUGAGAGCCUCAGCCCUCUAGUGAUGACUCUUUUUAAGGAGCUUCUCCACCCUGUGCCCAAACACAGAGGGCGCCCCGAGGAGAUCCUGAGCUAUCUGGGAGGGCCGUGGCUGACAGAGACAGAGAUUGAGGAGAAGAGGAAGGCAGAGGAGGCAGAGAGGGAGGCCAGAAAAAUAAGAGAGGGAGGAGGUGUAGAAGAAGAGCUAUUAAGGGAAGGAAGAGGGGAGAGAUAAGCUUUGUCUUUAUAAAAUUGUUUUAUGACGGGUUUUAAUGAAUAUAAUGUGUUUUGAAAACAUUGUACAAUGUAUUUUUUUUGAUGAUUAGCGAUUUAAACCUGGUCGCACAGAAUUCCGUGAAAUGAUCCCGAAUCGUUAACACCGCAUUACGUGGCGGUGGCACGGAAUGUGUGAAAAAUCCGUGUGGCCACCACGGAAAACAAUGCCAAUGUAAAGUCAAUGAGAAGAUGACGUAGCAUUAAGAGCGACUACGUUAGCGAGUACUAUGUAAGGCUGAAAUUCCGCGUAAGGAGAUCGGGGUUCGUGUCCCGGAGGUGAAGUUUCCUAAAGUCGCUUUCUUCUUUUCUGUCCCUUUCUUCCUGCGUGUCACGGAACCGUAAGCCCACCCAUGACCUUUUCCUUAACUUAAGGGGCCGGGCCGUGUCGGAAUUUUCUGCGAUCCGUGUUCAUUUCACGAAAUUCUUCCGUGGGCCCAUCAUGGAAUGUUUUACGAUUCUGUGAAACUGCCGCAGAUUCUGAGUUAAGGGGGCCGUGUUCAUUUCACGGAAUUCUGUGAGAUCAGGUUGAUUUAAACAAAUACAAAUGUAUGUUCUAUAAGGUGCUAUAUUUUCAUAUUUUUUUAAUAAAUAUCCUUAUUAAAGUUACCACUUCAAUUGUUGUAUAUAUUCCAGUGUGUUUGUUUAUAUGUGUAUGUAUGUGUGUCUUAAUGAAAUAAGUCUAUAGAUAGUGUGAUGUUGAUGAAACUACAAGCUGCAUUAUAGUGCCUUUAAAAAUCUGUAUCGCAAUUGUUGUAAAAUAAACUCCUUGCAUUUAAA